AAAGAUAUAGGAAAAGCUUUAUGGGAAAGGGUCAAAAUAAAUUUGCAGUUUUGAGUUUAUAAAGAGAGGCUUAUAAAGAGGAAUUUGUGGGGAGAGCAGAAAAAAUCGGAUGGGGAUUUUAUUAAUUUGUAAUAUGCCUUCUGGCAUAUGAUGUAAUUCUUCCUCAGUGACAACCUUAAAUCUCAAGUAAAGUUCUUAAGAAAAUUUUCAUAGAGAUCCACAGAGGGUAGAACCAAGAUGGCAGACUCAGAUGAAGGAGAGUAUUUGGGGGGCAUAAAAUAUCAAGAGGACGUAGUAAGGAGGAUUCGGCGUUCCAACCCAGCGGGAAAAUGCGGCCUCUGACUGAAGAGGAGACCUGCGUAAUGUUUGAGAAGAUAGCAAAAUACAUCGGGGAGAAUCUUCAGCUGCUGGUCGACAGGCCCGACGGCACCUACUGUUUCAGGCUGCACAACGACCGGGUGUACUACGUGAGCGAGAAGAUUUUGAAGUUGGCCGCCAAUAUCUCCAGUGACAAGCUGGUGUCGCUGGGGACGUGCUUCAGAAAAUUCACUAAGACCCACAAGUUUCGGUUGCACAUCACCGCUCUGGAUUACUUAGCACCCUAUGCCAAGUAUAAAGUGUGGAUAAAACCAGGAGCAGAGCAAUCCUUUCUGUAUGGGAACCAUGUGCUGAAAUCUGGACUUGGUCGAAUCACUGAAAAUACUUCUCAGUACCAGGGAGUUGUGGUGUACUCCAUGGCAGACAUCCCUUUGGGUUUUGGGGUGGCAGCAAAGUCUACACAAGACUGCAGGAAAGUAGACCCCAUGGCGAUUGUGGUAUUUCAUCAAGCAGACAUUGGGGAAUAUGUGCGGCAUGAAGAGACAUUGACUUAAAACGAAAUCAUCACGAGGACUUGUGGCUGUGUGGAAGGGCCUAGCUUUGUUUCCUGUGUCUGUGUAGGCUCCACCAUCAUGUUGAAUUUUGUCAACACUGUGACCUCUUCAGGGACGUCUUAGUUUAAUAUUCUCUCUACUAUGGACAAAUGCAGGCUGGAUUCUUAUUAUGCAGAAAUGGCUCAAAAAUGGGGUUUCGGAUCUUUGAUUGUGACUAAAUAGAAUAUUGUGUUUUAUAUUUGAAUCAGAGGGCUUCUUGUUUUGAGUAACAGGUUCUAAAUUGUUGGAACUGAGGAUAAGAGUAGCUUAUUGUUAUCUGUGAUAACACUUUUCCAAGCACAUGAUAAGAAGGUAAUGAAUUUUCUUAUUUAUUAAUACUAUGAAAGAUAGAUAUUGCGAUAUCAGAAUAGUAGGUCAUGUCUGGGAUUUUACAAAUGAAAUUUGGAUAAAAUAGAGCAGUUUAUUCUGCUGAUUUUCUAUACGGUAGGUGCUGUGUGGUGUGGAAGAAAAACUUGGAUUCAAACACCAGUUCUAACAUCUAUCAGCUGUAUGGCCUUAGAUGAGUCAUUAAACUUUAAUCUUCAUUUCCUUCUUCUGUUUCAAAAAACAGCUUAGCUGUCUUCUUAAGAAUAGUUUUUAGAAUUAGAAAUCAUAAUUGUAAAGCACCUAGCACAGUGCCUGGCAAAUGAUAAGUGUUGAAUAAAUGGUAAGAAUUACUUUUGUAAUGCUUAUACUGAGUAUUUCUGUUACUAAGAGUAGGAUCUUAUGAAUAUCAUUUGAUUAUAUUAUCUUGGCUUUUACAAGCGGUUUUCUCGAUCUUUUUCUUGAAUGGUAUGAUCCCAGG